AUGGCGAAUUUGAUGACAAGUUGCGCGCCAAGGCUAUUAAGCUCUCAGAUUGCACCUCUAAUGCAGCCUGACCAACUUUUUUUUUUACAAGGAAUGCAAAACUUAGGGCCUAAUGAUAAAACGUUUAGUUGUGUUGGGCUAAGUACGAUACUAGAAAGGUUAAACACGUACCGCUCCGGGUUACUCGAAAAGUUCAGUCGCAGCACUUGGCUAUUUAGUGAGCUAAGCAACUUCUUUCUUUUCUGUGCACCCCUUUGCUUUUUAACCUGUUCUACGUGUGCUUCAAAAGGUCUUCGUAACUCUUCCGCUAAGCCCAUGACGGCAUGCAUUCGUUGUGAGAUGAAUCUUUCCAGCUCCGAUAAUUUC